AUGUUCAAGCAAAAAGCACCCUCUCUCCCCCAGGAAACAGAUUUUACCAGAAACCUCAGAGAAACCUCGUUCUACAGAUAUGGCCACCUCCGCUCCCUCGGUCUCACGGGCGAAGUGACUGCGCUGGCUAUAGAUCCGGUGCUGUCGCUCUUUGCCAUCGGAACCUCAACAGGUUUCGUCCACUGCUAUGGGUCUGCCCCAUUUCAAUUCACCCUGCCGGUGUCUACGGCCUCGUCAAGUUCACCGGCAAAACCGAUCCGCUUCCUGUACUUUCAUCCCGGCCAUCAUCGUCUCAUCGCCAUCGACGACGGCAACACCAUAUCCACAUAUUCCCUGCAACACAUGACCGAUAGUCCCAACCCCCUUACCCACCCUACGCUGCCACUCAAAGAGACGUCGUACACGUUAUGGGGAACGGUGACAAGUGUCGACCAGCCUUUGCCAAGUCAUACACACCUCUUCCUUACGGUCAAGGACGGGACCACUUUGACUUGGGACUUGAGCAGGCGAGGGCUGGGGAACUGGAAGAUUGGCAACUGCUGGCAGGACUAUGAAGAAAGGAUGAUCCGAAGCGGGAUACCGGGGCGUAACAAGACGCUUGGCGGCCCCAUGGCCACAUGCAUAGCCAUGUCCCCUCGCGAUCUCAACAUCAUCCUCAUCGGCUACGAAGGCGGCGUCGUUGCCUGGGAUAUGCAGCAGCACGCCGUCGCAAAUACAUUCGAAAUGAUCCUUCCUCCGGGCUCUCCCGGUGGCGGCUCCUACCAAGACGCGGACGGCUCGCUCUGGACUGAGCGUACACCUUCAGUGACGUGCAUCACCUGGCGCCCAGAUGGACUGGUAUUCGCCGUCGGUCAUUCUGAUGGGUGUAUCGCUCUCUGGGCGUACUCUGAAAGCGACAAGCCGCUCAUGGUGCGCACCAUCACCCACGAAGACGUCAACGUAACGGAUGCCGAAAGCCUUCUCGACGCUGGUGCGCUUCCCAAUCAGAUCCGUCAGAACGUCGAGCGAGACCAGCACGGCAACAGAGUCGUCCCCGCCAUCUCGGCCAACCGCAGAGUCGUCCCCGCCAUCUCGGCCAACCGAGAACCAAUCUUCAAGAUGACAUGGGCCGGCUUCCCGGACCAGCCUAGUCUAAAAGCAUUGAUCGCUGCGCAAGGUACGCCUCAGGCUGGGGAACCUUUGACGAAUGCGACGGUGGAGUAUGCAGAGAGGGGAGAGACGUUGUUGAUGGUGCUGGGUGGACAGAGUCCGGGAGAGAAGCCGGGGAUCAACAUUCUCCAGUUCCCGGCGUACAAACCGCCCAUCGUCAACCCUAAAAACCCUCACGCCGAGUCCAUGCCUGUCCAAGAGCGAUAUGCUUUCCGCGACUCUUUAUCCCCCAGCGGCAGCUCUGUCUGGCUCACUUCCACCCCGCCGGAAGAUUUCGUGCUUCUACCGAGGAGCAGUCCCUACUUUAACCUCUCGCACGACCCGAUUUCCAUCAUCAUCUCUCUCACGCCAGAUCCCUCUGUCCCGGAACUCAAGGCACCUCAUGCAGCGCGCACGAUAGAAGCUUGGACAUUUCCUCCUCCCCGCUCCAACGUCGUUCCCCCACCCCUCGGCAGGAGGACCUAUGUUCAGCCAGGAGAAGGGGAGAGGGCAGUGGCGAUGACGCCUGCGCCCGUCUUGUCGCCUACACCUGGGACUCCUACGGGGAGUGGGUGGAAGCUGCCUUGGUACAAGCGGGCUUCGUCGUCGUCUACGAGCAUACCUGCCGUCUCGACACCCGACUCUACCCUCAGCGGUUCUAUCGCGCGCGCUUCCUUAAACCGACGUCAACAAGCUUUACCUUCUUCCGUCUGGUCGGGCACGCUAUCUGUACUCGGUACAGAACUUUGCUCCCUCUCCACCCCCGCUUUCAAGCGCCUAAUCAGCUGGACAAUCGAGCAUUCCGGUGAAGAGAUCGCCCCUCGUCUACCGAUACACGGCGGCAUGGCCGUACCCGACUUGCAAUCCCACGGCGCCCCCGAAGUGAUGGUCGCAAAGAUGGAAAGCUACCGUAUCAUGAUGACCUGGCACGCCGACUGUACCGUCCGUUUCUGGGACGUCUCGCCCCAUAUCCUCAUCCUCCCCACACCUUUGCGAUUCGAAUACCCGAACCCACUGCCGCAUUUAACAAUCAACAUUGGCGAUUGGCUGAAACAUCCCGACGUGGCGCAUCUCCCGCUGGCGCAGUUGUGGUGUAAUGACAGGUCGAAAGUACAAAUCAAAUCUGUCAAUCUCGCUCGCGAAGCGCUCGAAUGCGUCAUCACAUUCACGACCGGUGAACUGCUCGUGACCAAGUUCCAAAAAGCCUCUUUGCCUCUGAAUCCUUCAGACGACGGGUACGAACCCGAUUUCGAGUAUCGCCGGUCGUACGAAGGCGGAGAAGGGUACAACGAAGAGGAACGAGAGUAUUUCCCGCCGCAAAGCAAGCAGGGGGAUAGUGGAUGGGUGGAGGAGGUGUUGGAGAUUGGGCAGUUGUCCAAAGGCAAGGUGGAUGGGUUCAAUCCGUUGGCGAUAUUUACGAUGAAACAAGGGGAUCCGGUGUCUGUCGCUUUGUCAGAUAUCGGGUUUAUUGCUGUGGCGUUUUCGUCAAAGUCGCUUGCCAUCAUCGAUAUGCGCGGGCCGGAUGUCAUUUUAAGAGAAGGGUUCGAUGAGGAAGGUACGGUGAUGAAGAAGAAGAAGAAGAAGGGGAAUACGCAGAACGUCUUGCCGGAGAGCUCUGUGGUGGGGUCUAUGAAGUGGGUCGUGUCGAUGAUGGGUACAGACACUGUUAAUCGCCCAAGAUUGAUCGUCUCGUAUGCCAAAGGCCUGAACAAGAUCUACGCUCUAAUCAACGUCCUCGGCGAAUGGCUCGUCGAGCCUAAACCACCCACCUUUACCAACGACUCUCUCGCCCACCCCCUCGCUUCGUUCGUGCUCGACCCACUGACGGGCGCCGAGCUCGUCACCAGUGCCGAAGCUUUACAAGUCGCCAUGCGCGAUUCCGAGAAUCAGCAGCAUAUAGCGCAGAGUAAAGGGAAAGAGGCUGUGGUGCAUUGUAUUUGGGUGGCGGCGAGUCGGAAGAGUAUUAGAUGUGCGCUCAAUUACAAUGGAGAGAGGAUUAGCAAGGUUGAGAUGACGGAUGCUGAGGAGUUGUCGGAUGUGUUUUACAUUACGCGACAUGGCAACAAGAUCAUCGCAGGUGUCACAACCACCGGCAUGGCUCACUUUUACUCUGUCCCCAAUCUUCAACCCAUCACCUCCAUGCCCCUCUACUACGGCACUUCACCUCGAUCCACCGGACGUCUCUCAAUCGAUGACCGCUCUGGCGAUUUCAUCGAGUACUCUGGACCACUGGAUAUCAACCUUCGCACAUUCUUCCAGUUUAGGAAACCGUUCCCGCCGAGGCUGGACCCUUGCGCGCAUAAGAAGGCGAUACCGCCUCAGCCUUUGCCGGUCACGACUGGACUGAUUGGGUGGCUUUGGGGAGCUGCUUUGACGGGACCGCAGCUUGACGCUUUGAUCGGUGGUCCAGCGAGACCCCCACCCCCACGCGAACCCCCCGCCCCAACUAAACCUCUCAUCUCAUGGGGCAAACCCCCCACCGAAGAGGCUCCCCGCACGCCCACCUCGGCCACCUCCGUCCCAACCCGCAAAUCCGUCGCCAAAACCAAAGGUCCCGCGCGCGAUGUGAGAGAAAGGGAAGAUGUGUACAGCGAGAUGAGGAAUGCGGCUUAUAUGAGGGAUGGGAUGUUGGAUACGUUGGGGGAUAGUUUGCAGAGUGUGUCGGGGGCUGCGGGGCAGUAUCUGUCGCAGGCGAAGAAUUCGGCUUUGAAGGAGGGGGCGAAGAUGACUGCAAAGGGCAUGUUUGGCAAGUUCUUGUAA